AAGAACUGUCAAAAAUGUUGAUGGACAUUGGACAUGUUAUUUUACUGUCAUGCAGUGUGAAACAUAAAUAAAGCAUAUUAGUUUUUCGAAAAAUCAUGACUUAAUACUCAGGCCUAAUCUACUAUUAUGAAAUAAUUUAAUUAAUUACAUUACUGCCACUUCUAUAUGUGUUUUAAUUAAUGACAUUAUGGAUGGUUUAAUUCACGCGGCAUUGGAAGCUGAGGUAAUUCUUAACCGGGCAAAACAUGUGAAUUCAAAUUUAUCACAAUUUGGCAGUGGUGUCACAGAGCAUAAAAUGACUUGGACCCAUGAUAAGAUGCAUCUUGCAGAAUCAGUGGACGAUACUAGAAUGAAAUUUCAGAGAAAUUCGGUUGGUUCAGCAUCUAAAGCUACUGAAAAAUUUGACCUGUUCAAAAAGCUCCAUGAACUUCACAAUGAGUUAAGCAGAGAUGAAUCUUUGCAGGCCAACUAUCAAGGUCUUAAGACAACAUCUUAUCUAUUGGAAAAAUUAUUAGCCAAUUACAAUUUAAAUACACUAAUAAUCAAUUUAUACCCUGGUAAUAAAGGGUAUUCAUUAUCUCUGAAAGUUAAUGGAAAUAUGCAGUGUUUGAACCCACCAGAUGGCCAUACUUCAGCGACUCAAGAUGAAACUUUAAUAGAAACUCCUCGAUGGCCAUAUGAAGAGGAAGAGCUGUUAAGUUAUAUAGACAAUGAAGAGUUACCUGUUAUGCUGUUGGACUUGCUGGAAUCAGAACACUCCUGUCUCUUUUAUUCGGGAUGUAUCAUAGCGCAGAUUAGAGAUUACAGACAAGCAUAUCCCAGUUUUCUUUGUGAUACACAUCAUGUACUUUUAAGGCCCACCAACCAGAGCAUUAUAACUGAUGCUAUGUGCAUCGGAGGUCGAUGUGGCUGGUCAGGUGAAGAGCGGAGUGCAUUAGAGGCAGUAGAGGCGGCCUUGGUGCACGCGGCCGCGCCCCCCUUGUGCCUCGACCCGCGCCCCGCUGUCGGCUUGCUCGCCGCUCGGCUCCACGCUGCCCCUAGAUUAUUUAAUACGCCUCGAAUAAGGAGACAAGCUAAAAAAUUCUCACAGGUAGCAGUAAAUAGGAAAAGAAAAUUAGAUCAAUUUACACAUUACCAUGGAUUAGAAUUAUUAGAUUUAAUACAUCGGCAAAGAGCGAAAAGCAGUAGACAAUCAGUACCUCACACGCGACUUACAUCCAAAUAUCCUAAGAAACCACCAGAGGUGUUCAAGCCAAUAGAGCCUCCAAAGAUGGAGCCUUUACCUUUAGCGCUGCCAUCAGAACCUAGUAGUCCGCUUCGUCUUGCUCGUGCUUACGAAAGACCUCGGGCGAUACCUGACUGCCAACCUCAGCUAGUCGAAGAAUAUAUCCUGGAGACUGAAAAGACAUCACCCCAUGCAGGCGCUGGGUACUUCCACAUAAAACUCUCUAUACUACAAAGGCCGUCCGACCAAGAGUUCCUAGGAGAGCUAUACGUGGACAGAGACCACGUUGAAGGAGAGAGAAACGGCGCAGCCUGCCGAUUUACUUUAGGAUCCAGAGUACAAGCGAAUAAGUAUAUACAACAGUUUACGGAGAUAUUUACGGAAGAAGGUCGAAAAUCUGUUAGAAUAAAACAUAUUGUUCCAGGACAGUUACCGAGAGUUUCUUUCACUGGAGGCAUGAGAGAAUUGCAAAGAAACGCAGCCGCCGCAGCUGCAGCCGCUGCAAACAACGCCACCGUGCAAACGCACACCGCAAUUGUUCCGGUCGUAACCACAGCUGCGUCCGCAACUACAAAUACUCACAGCAAUGCCCGAGCUCUUCCUAUACUGCAGGCACAGUUACAGCAAGCUGCCACCGUAAGCGGAGUAGGAAACGUCGUGGCCAGUGUGGGCACGAUAGGAAACGUGGGCAGCGUUGGCAGCGUGGGCAACGUUGGCAAUGUUGGCGGAGUUGUGACCAACGUGGGCACGGUUAGCGGCGUCGUCGGUAACGUCGUCGGCUCCGUGAACACGAAUACAGAUACCGCAUUAAAACAACAACCAUCUCCUACAACGCCCCGUUUGUCACCACAGCAGGCAUCAACGAAUCAGCUAUUAGCGCAACAGCUAACGAACCCCCCUCAGCCGCUCAACACGCCCAAGAUGCAGUCAGCAAUAAUACACAUACAGCACCCUCUGAUGUCAACGGCGAGCGCUACUCAGGUACAAAAUAUUCAAUACACGAACACAUCGACGACACAACAGAAGACGACCGCCGCUAAACCAAGAACAACGAAUCCGGCGAUAACCGCUCUCGUAACUAGUCUAAUGAAUUCAGCACAACAGUACUGCAACCAACAAGCGGCAGCCAACCAGAACGCGGCUAAAUCAGUUGUGAGCACGGCGAGCAGUAACCCGACGAUACUGAACCUACUCAACAGUGCCCCGGCGGCCAUGACCCACGUCACGUCCAGCACCGAGAACUCGAUAGACGCCCACAAGCUGCUCGGCAGGGUCUCCCUAGCCGGGGCCAGGCUGAUAGCCGCCACCACUGCCUCGCACACCAUACCUACUUACACUCAGCAGGGAGUCGGCGUUCAAGUAAUGAGUGGGUAUACCCGGGACAGCGAAGCAAUUAACGUGUCGAGUAGUGAAAGCGCGUUAUUAGAACGGUUGAUAGGAUCAGAUGCACCCAACGCGUCAGCCUCACAACCUCAACCUGUUUGUCAUUUGCAGGGUUUAAGUUUAGCGUCCUUACAAGGCUUACAAGGAAUUCAAGGUCUACAGAACGUUCAGGUUCAGAUCCCGGGUCUCUCGGCGCCGAUAUCGUUGUCAUUGAACGUGUCCGGGGCACCCAGCGGCCUGCUCGUCUCCGUACCGCCCACCACUUCGGUCGUGCUAACGAAUCAACCGUCGGUACUGUCGCUGCCAAUCGCUCAGCUAAUGCAAGGCGGCGUGAAGAGUGCAGUCCGCGGCGGCACCGUGCAGGUGGUGCGUGCCGCCCGCCCCGCGCCCCGCCCCGCCCACACCCCUGCGCACACGCCCGCGCACACGCCCACGCACACGCCCUCACACACGCCCACGCACACGCCAGCAGGAACCGCUCAGUUCAUAACGCAGGCGCAAGCGCAAACAUUAACGGCUCAGCAGGUCCGAAGAAAAUCGAACGCAGACAGUUCAUAGUAGUGAAUGCGGACUUUCGGACUUUAUGCCCUAGUGAAAUAAAAUGUUUACCUAAUUAAUAGAUAAAUUAUUGAAAAAAAAAGCGAAAAUUCGCUUCGGACUAGUAUCUCACGCACGUACCUAUCGACUGCGGACUGUAAUCCACCAACUACUUAGGUAAAUUUAUCCCGAGGAUAAAUAAAACGUAGGCUUGUCAAAAUGUUUAUACGUAGGCGACUGAAUAAAAAAAGUUAAGGUUUCAAUAUGUAACUAAUUAUAUUAUGUGUAUCGGAAUACACAACAUCAAUAGAUUUUGUGCGUCGAACGCAUGCGUUUGUAGAUCGUAAUGACUGACAUUCUUUUAAUUUAAAUAAUAUCGAAAUAGCUUUUUUUUUCAUUUUGAUAUACCAGUAUGACGUCACUUCGAAAUAAGGUAAAUAUAUUUAUUUGAUCUUCGUAAUAGCGCAAUUACAUAUAGUCUGGAAUGUUCUUCAUGAAAAAAAAAACAGAUUUGUUUGAAAUUGAAUUUAGAACGUAAUUGGCGCGAAAAAAAAUAUAUUAAUUCUAAAUUUUAAAAUUGUUGCACAACCAUGAAUUCGUAUCGUAAUCACAAGACAGAUGUAUCGUUUCUACAUUAACUAAUAUCAAUCAUGUGUAUGUAUUUAUUGUUUUUAAAAGUCACAAAUAGUUAUUUAUGUAUGUAAAUAUAUAUAUAUCGGUUGCGUAAAGAUUUUUAACAUAACAUUGACACUGAAGGAAUUUUAUCAUGACAUGAAAUGUGUUUGAUGCGAGCCCGCGUUGGAUGUGGUAAUAAAUUAAGGGUCGAAACUUAUGUUAUUAUUGGCGUUGUUCGUCGUUGUUUAUGUGUAGUUGAUUUUUGUUGGUUAGUCUUCGGAAUUUGUUAUAAACUGUUCGUUUUUAAAAACAUUAAUAAUAAGGUGACUAAAAGUUCAUAAUAUGAUCGGGGAACAGAAAAUCAUGCUCUGCAUUAAUAGACAUUCGUGAUCAGUAUUAAAUCAUUGCACGCAGAGUAUACCGCAACUGAACAAUGAAGUACAAUAAUAAUUCAGUGAUCAAAGAAUCUACGUUAAUUAUAUUUUGUAAAUACUGUAACAUAUACUAACUACUAAUAUGCAUCACAUUUACGUUGAGUGAGUAUGUGUGAAUGGAAUACGUGUUGUUUGUUUUGCUAUUACAGGGCGUAGGUAUCGAAGGAAUCCGUCUUUUUAAAAGUACUAGUAGACUUCAUUCGGAGAAUACAAAAUUUGAGAUGCACACAUAAAUAUAUCGACGCUUGAAAGGCAAACGUGACUAAGCGACAAUGCGUGAACUUUACAGCAGACUAAUUUAAUGUUGAAAUACCUGAAAAAAAAAAAAUUUUAACGAAUCUAGCUGCAGGAUUGAAAUGAUUUUAAUAGACCUAGAAAUUUUUUUUUUUGCGCGUCGAAUAUGGUUAUUGCCCAUCAUUUAUGUAUAAAGCAGUUAUUAUCGCUUAGUCACGUGCCUUUCAAGCGUCGAUAUGCAGUGUAAUACAGUUCGACAACGAAUAAAAACAAGUUCCUGACUACAAUAGUACAGUUACUAUUUAUUGUUUUAUAUUGUAAUAGUGUUGUUGUAUCAUCGACAUCGGAGCCGAAAGGUCGGAUUGCAAUCUCUAUUUCAGUUUGUAUUGUGGACUGGAAAUGACUCAAUAGGGAUUAUAUUAAAUAUUGUAAUAUUUUAAAUGAAAAUAGAACAUACAGUUGAAUUAAACAAAAUGUCGUAGUAUUUUUUUGCCUAAUUCAAUGAGCAUGAGUUAAUAGGAAAAGUGGAGCAUAGGAAAUAUAUCUGGCCAUCUCUCAUGUACGCACUCAAUCUAAUUGAAAUGACGAUUUUGGCUUUUUUUCUGUUAUACAACUUUUAAUCACUCUGACCACCAGAUUAAUAAAGAUCUUUAAUUUAAGAUCUAAAAGGAUUUAAUAAGUUGUAACUUAUCUUUUUUAUACGAUAAUUUUACGUCAUUCAAAUAUACAGUAGAAAAUCGAUUCGGUCAGAUAGGCACGGGCGUUAUCAUAUCUAUCGAUAAAUUGGGAUGUGUACCAAAAAUGUAAUUUUCAUAGUCUUCAGGUAAUUAAGUAUAUGAUACGCUAUAUUACCCAUGUAUGAAAGCAUCACAUAAUAAAUAGAUCCGUAGAAGAUAUAUUCAUGUUUUUAGUCACUGCUAAACAUUGAAUAAAUUUGACCAGUACGCGGUAUGGUUAGCUAAAUGACGUAUGCAAUAACACAUUUUACCCCUAAACAUUUUUUAUAUAGCAAAGCGAUGACAAACUAAAGUAUGUUUUAGUACAACAGGUCCUUAUUCUGGUCGGAUUUAGGUUCAUUUUACUAAAAAAAAGGAUUUAGUGGUUUGUAGCGUUCAGUUUGAAAUCCUGAAAUCGACCUUUUGGCUUUUCAGCCGAAGUUAUUAUUUUACUACAAUUCUGUACGUAUCGAAUGACGUUUGAAUAGAUGGAUAUAUUGUCAUGUCUGUGGAGUUUCCGUAGCGAAACUAAAGACCUUAUGAGAUGAUUGGGAUCAAUGAAUAGUUCACAAUUUAUGCUGAAGGCGUUUCAACGCUAUUUAGUUGUAAGGUACGGCGUAUUCCAUGCUCGACGAAGAAACGAUUUUGUUUUAAACGUAUUCAGUUCUAGAAGGUUCUUGUAAAAAAAAAUGACUUGAUGUUAAACAUUACUUUUCAUAUUUCCUUUUGAAAAAUAGUCAUUGCUUUCAUUAGGAACUUCGUCCGUUUUGUCGUCUCUACGAUUUGCACAAAGUUUUAGUUUAAAUGUCUAUUAAUUAAUAAUAAAAUAAAACUAUUAGUAAAUUUUAACACAUCGAUAUGUUAAAAACAACGUUACCCGAUGUAAUAACAGCAAUAUAAAUACCGAUCGUUCAAUGUGCACUUAGAUAUUUAAUUUCGAGUUAGAGCAUCAAUGUGUUUUUAAUAUAUUUUUAUUUAAUCGAUGAGAUGUGUUCAUAAUGGCAUCUACGAAAUGCCUAGUGUUAGUGGUAGAUGAACGAUACUCUACUACUACUCUAUACUCUAGGUGUGCGAUAGGACGCGCGAACGUAGAGCCUCGGAUCUAUUUAUCGAAGGGCACAUCGUCGCGGAAUGCGUUGUGGCAGUCCGUAGACACGGUCUGCGGUGAGAGCGGGGGAGCACACGAUGCUUUGCGGAGCCGCAACGCAAAGAUUUCACCGUAUCGGUGGGCACAUGAGCGGUGCGGCGUCGCAACGUUGCUAUGUCGGCGCCCCAGCAACUCUGGACAGUCUGUUAAUAAUAAUAAUAAUAGACGAUGACCGAGCAUUGCCCGGUUUUUUUGUAUAAUGCCAUCUUGUUGUGUCUUUAAAGCGGUUCGUUGCCCUCAAUUAAGAAAAAUAGUAUUAUUAUUCGCCAAUAGAUGUCGGGAAGAGUUGAUUAUUGAAAACACGAAUAAAACAACAUUUUCUGAAAAUAAAUCGUAGCUAGAUCCAUUUAUCGCCCCCGAAAUCCCCUGUAUACAAAAUUUUAUGAAAAUCGUUGGAGCCGUUUCAGAAUUGCUCGUUUAAAGUUAUAAGAAAGAUAAUAGGCGGUGUCACUCCAACGUCGCAACGCAUUCACCCCUCCCCAGCUUGUCUCGGUAAUUGCAAGGCCGUAGCGCCGCCGCAGCGCAUCGUGUGACCUCGCUGUGAGAUACGCAGCACGACGCGGCGCUGUGCGUUUCCUUCGACAGGUCGAAGCAUAGCUUUGGUGUGCACCUCACGUCGGUAUGUAGGUGAAUUGUGCGAAUUGUUGAUCUCAUUUGUUUAUGGACGUUUAGCUCAAUGUGUAGAUGUUUUUUUUUUUUUUUUUGUAAAUAAAAACUUUAUUUGAAAAUACGCGAAUGUACCUAUAUUUUAAGAGAUAAUAAAAUUAUUACUGUAUAUAUUUUGGAAUGGAGAUUUUUAUACAUAACCGAUAUUAUUAUUAUUAUUAAUAUUAUUUUCAAUGGUUGUAAUGUUUCAGUGUCAACUUCUUGCGUGUAACAUAGUUUGUAAAUAUUAAUUUAAUUGAGAUGUGAUAUGCAUUCUGACGUUUAUAAUAUUAGGUGUACAAUAAAAUUUAUAUGAUUGCGUUGACAUGGAAUUUGUGUAUAAAAUUGAUAUUGUAAAAAAAUAACAUGUGUACGUUGUUCAGAGAUUGAAGUUUCGAACAUAAAUAAAUAAAUUUUACACGAA